AAGGUAGUUUCACUCUUCUCAAUUUCACAACCUCCUUCUAUGCUCUAUCCCUUUUCUUUUCCUCCAACCCAUUUCCCAUCCCCACCUCCCACAUAAGCUACCUUUUUUAUUCCCCUAUAAAAUAAAAAAAAAUUCUUUUCCUUUUCCACACUAAACUUUAGGGUUUAUGUCCUCAAUUUUGAUUCAAAUGGUUCUUGCUGUUCGACCCUUUUCCUGGUUUGUUCAACGUCUCUUUGGAAUGGAUGCAUAAAGUCUGGUGGCCUCUGAUCCUUUCGCGAUUCCAAAUAUUAGACGAGAAUGAGCUUAUCACUGGAUGGUUUGAUUAUUUAACAGAAAAAGAGAGCUGGAAAAUGGGAGGUUGUUGUUGUUCUGCUAGGAAACCUCACCUGCAUGGAACACCAGUGUAUUACUAUUGCCCACCAACUUUAGAAGAGCAUGAGUCUUUGACAUCUAAUGACGGUGUGGCUGCUUCACUCACUACUGGAUUGCUGGUAGGCUUGAACUUAGAAACUUCCACACCUGAUACAUAUCAGCCGCCUCCUGCACCUCUGCCUUAUGAUGUGGUCUUGGGAGGUCCAGCAUCAACAGAUUCUGAAUCAGGCAGAGAAACAGUUAGUGGCAGUAGCUUUGGAACAUUAAUUACAUGUGAAGAUCUUGAAGAAGCUCACUGUAAAGCUAAAGCUAUUUCAGCACCUAUAUCUCCAAGCAAGGCAGAACUGUCAAAAUCAACUGAAUUUCAUGCAUUAGUGACGGAAGAAGAGGACGGCUGUCCAAUUUGUCUUGAAGAAUAUGAUGUUGAGAAUCCUAAAACUCUGACAAAAUGUGAACACCACUUUCACCUGUCUUGCAUUCUCGAGUGGAUGGAAAGAAGUGAUUCUUGUCCUAUAUGCGAUCAGGAGAUGAUAUUUGACCAGACACUGGACUAGUUAUGUUGUGUUAAAAAAAGGAGCUUGCUUAAUGCGUGAAAGAUAGAUGAAAAACUCAUUGUUUGAUAGCUGGUUAGAAGAUAGUACAAAUUCAUUUUCAAUUUCUAGAGCAUUUAAAAGGUCGUUGUUUUAGUGGGCCCAUUCAUUGGGUGUACAAUCUGUGAGAAGAAGAAUGAGAAGGUUUUGACAGAAUGUUACACCACAUUGCAUGUCAAUUUGAUUGCAACUCCUCAUGUUGGAAUUUACCUAUUAUUAGUGAAAGAAUGCAGCUUUUCUCAAGAUGAAGAAAUUCAUGUUCGCAGAAUGGCUUUCCUCCUUCCCCCCAUGUUGCUUUGCUUCCCUCUCCAUAUUCUUGUACAAAUUUCUCAAUACUUAUUUGUUUUUCUAUGUUAUUUUCUGUGAGAAAAAAAGUGCAUACCGGUUUUGUAAAUCAAGUCUGCUUUACAUGUUGCCACAUUUUCAAUGUAUAUAUUAUGGUGGAUGUUGGAGAUCCCAUCUUUUGUUGUAUACACUGAACCCGUGUUUUCAAUUGAAAUCUCUUCAGCUUGGUGGCAAA